AAAUUAGGAGCUGAACUGAACUGAACUGAAUUUCAACGUAAGAGAACAGACCCUAAGAGGUAAAGUACCCUCCCUCCAACUUUUGAGUACUCUUAAUCAUAUAUUACUCAAUAUUUAGAACUAGAGAGAUUCUUGAUCAACCCUUUAUCCUUAAUUGGAGCACCUAAGUCACAAGUGAAGAGACUAGUCACUAAUGCCACUAAAUUGUCAAUUUGUCAUUGUAAAUUUGGUAUUUCAUUCAACCCUUUUAAAAAAGUCAACUUUUGUGAGUCGCUAAAAGCAACUUUGGUAUUUGUAAUUUUUUUAACCAACUUUUAUUAGUUGCGCUAUAAGCAUAUAAUUUUAUCACAAUUUGUCUUUUUUUUUUUUUCAAACACCUUUAAAAUGACAAGGCGAUACGAUGUACGAGUUACAUAGUACGACUGUACGAGUAUUACGAAGUAUUUAAAAAUUUGGGACAUAACCCGCUCAACUCCACCUUUUCUGGCUUUUCAAAUUUAUCGUCGUUGAGAAUUCUGAAACAGAACAUUUGAAGUGGCCACUUUAAAAUCUUCGACCAUCUCAAACCCCCAUUUCUCUCUAAAUUCAACUAAAUUUCAAGAACCCUAAUUCUCCUUCUUCUUCAUUCAUCAAUUUCUCAUAAUCUAAAGUUCUAAACAAAAUGACAACCUCCUACAAUUCUGGAGAAACCCAAUUGACAGACCCCCGACUUUCUCUCUCCUCUUCUUCCGAAACUUACAUGGUGGGUUUCGUCAUCGUCAAAAUCGUCGGCAUGCAGCACAACACCGCAAGAAUAAGCGGCCGACAAUUGGUGGGUUUAGUCCGAGAUGAGUUGAAUGUGCACGACGAAAACGCCAUUAGAGUGCUCAAUAUUCGUGGGGCUCAAGUGGGUUACAUUGAACGAGUUGCUGCGAAAGUUCUAGCACCAUUAAUGGAUACCCAAUUGAUUAUUGUUCAAGGUAUUGUUCCUAAUACUCCUAAUUCAGGUUCUAGGUUUAAAAUUCCUGUUCAACUUCAUAUAUUUGCUAGAAUUGAGGCUUUCCCAGUUGUUCAAUCUGCGAUUUUAGGAGGUGGGUUGCAGUUAAUUUCUGGAAAUAGUCCUAGUUUUGCGCUAUCGGAUGCCAAGGUUGUGAAGGAGAAGAGGAAUAGUAAGGAUGUUAAGAGUGUUGAUGAGAUUUUUAAGUUGGUGGGUGAAAAUGUGGGUAGAAAAGAGGGUUUGAUUGUGAAAUUGGAGCCUCCUAAAGAUGUUAUUUUGCCUGAGUUGUUUGAUCACCAGAAAGAAGGGCUUGGGUGGUUGGUUGGGAGGGAGAAUUCUGAGGAAUUGCCCCCUUUUUGGGAGGAGAGGGAUGGGGUUUUUGUUAAUGUGUUGACAAAUUAUCAGACGAACACGAGGCCUGAGCCGAUUAGGGGUGGGAUUUUCGCCGAUGAUAUGGGAUUGGGGAAGACCUUAACUUUACUUUCUUUGAUUGUUUAUGAUAAAAGAUGUUGUGGUAGUGUAGGUAAUACUAGUGAGAAUUGUGGUGAUGGGGAUAAUAUAGAUGAUUCUGGUGAUAGAAAGCGAAAAAGGGGUAGUGUUAAUACUGCUAGGAAGAAGAGGAAAGUUGAUUCAAGUGAUGGGGUGAAUGAGAACUUGGUAUCAUCACAUACAACAUUAGUUGUGUGUUCGGUUUCUGUAUUUUCGGUUUGGACAGAACAGCUGAGUGAUCACACUUGUCUUAACUCGUUGAAGUACUAUGAGUACCAUGGCAAGGACAGGAUACGUGAUAUGGAGGUGCUUAAGAAGUAUGAUGUUGUGCUCACCUCAUAUAAUACUUUGUCUGCUGAGGAGAGUCAAUCUGAAUCACCGAUGAACAAGAUGGACUGGAGGCGUAUUAUCUUAGACGAGGGUCAUAUGAUUAAGAAUACCAAUGCAAAGCUGAGUCGUGCAGUGACAGCUUUAAAUAGUAAGAGAAGAUGGGUGGUGACAGGAACACCCAUACAGAACAGCUCCUAUGAUCUGUUUUCUCUUAUGGCUUUCUUGAAAUUUGAACCCUUCUCUAAUAAAGACUACUGGAAUAGAGUUGUGCAACAGCCAUUAAUUCAGGGAGAUAAAAAAGGUCUUGAGCGUCUUCAGGGUUUAAUGGCAACUAUCUCAUUGAGAAGAACAAAAGAGCAAAAUUUGAUCCAGUUACCAUCAAAAUCAAUAGAUACUUGUUAUGUUGAACUUAUGCAUGAGGAACGUAGACUAUAUGACCGCAUGGAAGAAGAAGCCAAACAGAUUGUGAAGAAUUAUAUCAAUGAUGGUAGUGUAACCCGUAACUAUUCCACUGUCCUCAGCAUUAUAUUGAGACUUCGCCAAAUCUGUACUGAUGUCGCAUUGUGCCCACAUGACAUUAAAUCCUUGCUCCCUCCAGACAAUGUUCAAGAUGUGUCUAAUAAUCCUGAACUGUUGGAGAAGUUGGUGUCAUUGCUGCAAGAUGCUGAAGACUUCGACUGUCCAAUUUGCAUCUCUCCACCAGCGGAUAUUAUAAUAACAAGUUGUGCCCACAUAUUCUGCCGUGCCUGCAUUGUUAAAACUCUUAAGCUUACCAAAACCAACUGUCCUAUGUGCCGCCAUCCCUUGUCAGAGUCCGAGCUUUACUCAGCACCACCCCCAGCAGAAUUGUCAGAUGACAACAAUACAUCCUCUUCACCUAAAGCAUCUUCAAAAGUGUCUGCUUUACUGAAACUUCUCUUGGAAAACAGAGGAGUUAAAUCUGUUGUGUUCUCACAAUUCCGCAAGAUGUUAUUGUUACUUGAAGAACCACUGAAAGCGGCUGGUAUUAAGACACUGCGGUUGGACGGCUCAAUGAGCGCAAAAGAGAGAGGUCUAGUGAUACAGGAAUUUGGUGUUAGUGAAAUUGAUUCUCCUACUGUUUUGCUUGCCAGUCUCAAAGCCUCUGGUACAGGUAUAAAUCUUACAUCUGCUUCAAUGGUGUACUUAUUGGAGCCAUGGUGGAACCCAGCAACUGAGGAACAAGCAAUGGACCGUGUUCAUAGAAUUGGCCAGAAAAAAGAUGUGAAGAUUGUGAGGAUCAUCGCUCGAAACACAAUCGAAGAGAGAGUGUUAGAAUUGCAAAAGAAAAAGAAGGAGUUGGCUAAGGGAGCUUUUGGAAGGAAAGGGAAGGAUAAGAAAGAAACUACUGUAGGAGAUCUUUGUAGGCUUAUUUCUCUCUCAGCUUGAUCUGCUUUUCAUAAAAACACGGUUACACUUAAAUUAUAUCUAGUCCUAGAAUUUGCUCUAUGAUGUAUAUUUUGGGGGCAAUUUUGUGCAGACUAGCUGUAUAAAUAUCAUUAGUUUUUGCCUUUUGAUCUGGAAUGCAAUUAAAGGGUCGUACAACGAAAGUGUUCCAGCAGCCCUAUUUUGUAUUUGAACAUAUUAAGAGGUGUAAGGUUGUAUGUAUCAAGAUAUAUUAACUGGGUAUCCCUGUAACCGCCUUCAAGCUUUGAAGGCACUUCAUGAUGUAUGAAAAUUUUGCUUUAUAAUCUUAUACAGUAUUUUCUGCAGAA